CCCACCCGCCGGGGCAGGCGUCGUGGGCUCCGUGCGGCCACUAGAGGGCAGGAGAGCCCGGCCACCCGCGGGCGGCCCGCUACCCGGUGGAGGGCUGGCGAGGGAAGACCUAGAGUUCGGCGGUUUCGCGGUUUCGUCCUUUAAGCGGAAAUUUCUUCCCCGCUCCCUUCUCGGGAGAAAGCCAAGGAAGGAACUCAGUCGGCUGGAGAGUCCGGCAGGGGCGGGGCUGUGGGUUUGGGGCAGAACUGCAGAACGGGACAGGGAGCGGUGAGCAAGCUUCUCCCACUCCCACAACAAUGGUUCCUACAACCUCUGGCCACACAAGCCACACGGGAAAUACACAGACUGUGACUGUCCGAAGCAGCCCAAUGUCCAGGUUCGCUGACAGAAGUUCUGUGAGCACAACCAGCAGCUCACUCCCCACUCACAGCCCUGCCUCAAGCUCAACCACCACUGCAACCCCCGGUGCCACCUCUUCCCCUGUCACCAGCUCUGACUCAAGCUCAGCCACCACUGCAACCCCCGGUGCCGCCUCUUCCCCGGCCACCAGCUCUGCCUCAAGCUCGGCCACCACUGCAACCCCCGGUGCCACCUCUUCCCCCGUCACCAGCCCUGCCUCAAGCUCGGCCACCACUGCAACCCCCGGUGCCACCUCUUCCCCGGCCACCAGCUCUGCCUCAAGCUCGGCCACCACUGCAACCCCCGGUGCCACCUCUUCCCCCGUCACCAGCUCUGCCUCAAGCUCGGCCACCACUGCAACCCCCGGUGCUGCCUCUUCCCCGGCCACCAGCCCUGCCUCAAGCUCAACCACAAGUUCAGUCCCCGGUGCUGUCUCUUCUCCGGCCACCAGCUCUGCCUCAAGUGUGGUCACCACUCCAGCCCCCAGUGCCACCUCUUCCUCGGCCACCAGCUCUGCCUCAAGUGUGGCUGCCACUCCAGCUCCUGGUGCCACCUCUUCCCCAGCCACCAGCUCUGCCUCAAGCUCGGCCACCACUCCAGUCCCCGGUGCCGUCUCUUCCCCAGCCACCAGCUCUGCCUCAAGUGUGGUCGCCACUCCAUCCCCUGGUGCCGUCUCUUCCCCGGCCACCAGCCCUGCUUCAAGCUCAGCCACAGGUUCAGUCCACGGUGCCACCUCUUCCCCAGCCACCAGCUCUGCCUCAAGCUCAGCCACAGGUUCAGUCCACGGUGCCACCUCUUCCCCGGCCCCCAGCUCUGCCUCAAGCUCAGCCACAAGUUCAGUCCACGGUGCCACCUCUUCCCCGGCCACCAGCCCUGCCUCAAGCGUGGCCACCACUCCAGUCCACGGUGCCACCUCUUCCCCGGCCACCAGCCCUGCCUCAAGCGUGGCCACCACUCCAGUCCACGGUGCCACCUCUUCCCCGGCCACCAGCUCUGCCUCAAGCUCGGCCGCCACUCCAGCGCACAAGGGCACUUCUGCCAAGGCUACCACCACCCCAGUUGGCAAGGGCACUCCAUCCUCAGUUCCCAGCCACUCUGAUACUCCCACCACCCCUGCCAGCCACAGAACCAGGACUACAGCCAGUAGCACUAGCCGUGGCAUAGUGCCCCUCACCUCUUCCAGUCAUAGCUUGUCCUUCUUCUUCCUGUCCUUUCAUAUUUCAAACCUCCCGUUUAACUCUUCCCUGGAAGAUCCCAGCACUAACUAUUACCAGGUGCUGCAGAGAAACGUUACUGAAUGGAUUUUGCAGAUUUAUAAGCAGGAGAAUUUUCUGGGCUCCUCUAACGUAAAGUUCAGGCCAGGAUCUGUGGUGGUGGAAUCAACUCUGGCCUUUCGAGGGCGCACCACCGAUGCCAACAAGGUAGCGGCACAGUUUCUUCAAGAUGAAAUACAUGAAAAGAGAUACAACUGGGUCAUCUCAAGACUUAGUGUGGAUGAUGUGUCAUUUCCUUCCUCUUCCCGGCCUGGGUCCGGGGUACCUGGCUGGGGCAUUGCCCUGCUGGUGCUGGUCUGUGUUCUGGUCGCGCUGGCCAUCAUCUAUCUCAUUGCCCUGGCUGUGUGUCAGUGCCGCCGGAAGAGCUGUGGGCAGCUGGACCUCUUCCCAACCCGAGAUGCCUACCAUCCUAUGAGCGAGUACCCCACCUACCACACCCACGGGCGCUAUGUGCCCCCUGGUGCCAAACGUAGCCCUUACGAGGAGGUUUCUGCAGGCAAUGGUGGCAGCAGCCUCUCCUACACGAACCCAGCAGCCACUUCUGCCAACUUGUAGGGGCACGUUGCCUGCUGAGCAGCCGGCCAGUGGCCUCUGUCAUGGUCUUGGUCUUCACCACCAGUGCCCCCUCCCCCUUUCUGGACUGGUGAGCUGGGAGUUCCGGUGGGCUGCUCGCAGCUCCUGCACAUCCCUAACCCAUCUCAGCCCUGGGGAACGUGCCUGGGGCAGUGGCUCCAGGACCGGCCCGAAAUCCAGACCAAGUCGGAGUGGGAACUUGUACAUGGCUGAAUAAAACAUGGGCCUCCUCC